AUGUCACAUAAAAGCUCUAAGGAACUCAGGAAAGUAAACAUUUCUAGCUCCUUGGAGUCUGAAGAUAUUAGCUUAGAAACCACAAUACCAACUGAUGAUGUUUCUUCCUCUGAAGAGAGAGAAGGUACUGUUAAAAUCACUAAGCAGCUGAUUGAACGGAAGGAGUUGCUUCAUAAUCUUCAGCUGCUUAAAAUAGAAUUAUCUCAGAAAAACUUGAUGAUUGACAACUUGAAAGUAGAAUAUUUGACCAAGAUUGAAGAGCUAGAAGAGAAGCUUAAUGAUGCAAUCCAUCAAAAGCAGCUGUUGUCUUUACGAUUGGAUAGCCAGCUGGCAUUACAGCAAGAAGAUGCUAGAAAACAUCAGGCUCUAAUGAAACAAGAAAUGGAAACUAUUUUAUUGAGACAGAAGCAACUGGAGGAAACAAAUCAUCAAUUAAGGGAGAGGGCUGGAGAUAUCCGUCAUAGCUUGCGAGACUUGGAAUUAACAGAUGAUUGCUAUGAGCAACUAAAGUCUCUUCCUGAAGAUCAGCUGUCUAUCCCCGAAUAUGUUUCUAUCCGAUUCUAUGAAGUAGUCCAUUCCUUAAGAAAGGAGCUAAGUGAUCUACACAUGAAAAAGGAGAGCCUAGCAGAAGAGCUAAGUGGGUACAAAUCCCAACUGAAGUGUCUGAUGGAGAGCUAUGAAGACGAGAGGAGGAAUCGGUCAGAGCUUGAGAUUAGAUGCCAGCGUUUAACACUGGAACUGGCUGAUAGCAAGCAGAUGAUUCAGCAAGGUGAUUACAGACAAGAGAACUAUGAUAAAGUAAAAUGUGAACGUGAUGUAUUUGAACAUGAUUUGUCAGAACUCAGAAGAAAAUAUGAGAUAUUAGAGGUGUCACACAAAGCACAAGCUAAAGAAAGGAAUGAUUUGUCAAAAGAGCUGGCAACCAUACAACAAUCCCUCAACUUGUUGCAAAAAGAUAAAGAUUAUCUUAAUCGCCAGAACAUGGAGCUUAGUGUUCGCUGUGCACAUGAAGAAGAUCGUCUUGAACGACUUCAGAUUCAGCUAGAGGAUGCCAAAAAAGCUAGGGAAGAAAUGUAUGAAAAAUACAUUGCAUCCAGAGACCACUAUAAAAUGGAAUAUGAAAAGAGAUUACAUGAAGAGUUGGAACAAAUAAGGUUGAAAACAAAUCAAGAAAUUGAGCAACUAAGAAGCACUUCAAAAGAGAUGUAUGAACGUGAAAACAGAAAUUUGAGAGAAGCAAGAGAUAAUGCUGUCGCUGAAAAAGAAAGAGCAAUUAUUGCUGAAAAGGAUGCUUUAAGAAAAUAUGAUCAACUCUUAGAACAGUAUAGACAAAUGCAGCUUGGCACAGAAAGCAAAGUAGCUGAACUUCUUCACCAGAGUAAGUUAAAGUCCUUUGAAACUGAACAUGUUCAACUCAUGCAACAAGAAACAGCUAAGAAUCUUUCACAGUGCCAAAUGGAAUGUGAGAAAUAUCAGAGAAAGCUGGAGGUGCUUACUAAGGAGUUUUAUAGUCUUCAGUCUUCAAGUGAAACACGCAUUAUUGAACUUCAAACACAGAAUUCUGAAUUUCAAGCAAGGCUAGAUACUUACGAAAAACUUGAAAAAGAGCUUGAUGAGAUUAUAUUGCAGGCAGCAGAAAUGGAAAAUGAAGUUGAAGCUGAAAGGGUUCUCUUCUCAUAUGGGUAUGGUGCUAAUGUUCCUACAACAGCCAAAAGACGAUUAAAGCAAAGUGUUCACUUGGCAAGGAGGUUGCUGCAGCUAGAAAAGCAAAACUCGUUGCUUGUAAAAGAUCUGGAACAUCAGAAGGAACAAGUAACACAGAUUUCACAAGAGCUUGACAGAGCAAACUCUUUGUUGAGUCAAGUACAACAGCCAUACAAAUACCUCAUUGAAACUGUGCAGCAGAGAGAUUCUCAAAUAAGUCUACAGAAAGAACAUAUUGCACAACUUGAAAAAGAUAUCAGUCUUUUAAAUAAAGAAAAGACAGCUUUGCUGCGUGUCAAGAAUCAAAUGGCAGCAGAUUUGGAGAGACUUCUAAAUCACCGUGAGGAACUAGCCACAAUGAAACAGAUUCUGAUUAGUCUACAUGGUAAAUGCUAUGAAGAAAAUUUACCUCAGUCUCAUACUGAUGUAAAAAGUGCGACUGCAAAAAACAAAUCAAACCUUUCAGUAAAACUGUUGCCAGAACAUGAAGAAGAAAAUGUAUUUAGACCUAAGCCAACGUUAUUUACAAAUAAAGAGGCACCUGUAUGGUACAAGAAACUGCAGAAGAAAACAUCACCAUAG